UUUAUAUAAUUCUUAUUUGCAGAAUUCCACAGGAAUAAGUUCUAAAUUGAUGCUAUGACUCGAGAGGAAUCCAAGGGCUGAUAAUUGUUGUUAUUGUCCCUGCUUCUGCUGCCAUCUCUAUUUGCAUCCAUAUUGUGUCGUCCAAGAGAGAUGAAAAAUUCUCAAAAUGUUGAGCUGGAGGCAGCCAAGUUUCUGCAUAAGCUUAUACAAGAGUCUAAAGACGAGCCUACCAAAUUAGCUGCAAAGCUUUAUGUGAUUUUGCAGCAUAUGAGAUCUAGUGGGAAAGAAGAUUCAAUGCCAUAUCAAGUUAUAUCAAGGGCUAUGGAGACUGUUAUUAAACAACACAAUCUUGAUAUUGAAGCUUUAAUGUUGUCACGCCUUCCUGUGGCUGAUGGAACACAAAUUGGAGACUCCACAUCUUUGCAAUUAGCAGGUAAAACAUCUUUCUUAGUCUCGCUCACACAAAAUAGGGGGAAGAGUGAGAGAGAGAGAGAGAGAGAGAUUUGGCUCACACAUGGACAACAAUAGCAGUAUUUUGUUUAG